CAAAUUAUCGCUAUUUUGUUGUCAGUCACGAAUGCUGGGCGCUGGUCUGAAGGCUUCACAGCGGUGGAGCUUGUGUCUUGGCGUCAUCAUGGCCAAUCUUUUUCUAACUCCCAACUCUUAUUCUCCCAUUCUAAUUCAAAACCCUAAUUUCUCUUCUCCUAAAAUCAAAAUAAAUCCACUCCACUAUCCUUUCCGAACCCUACCACAUCAUCACACCCCAUUGGUUUGUGCAUUAAAGGAAGAUUCCAACCCUGAAACAAUCCAAGAUGGCGAGGUGAAAAAUUUAGGAGUCGAAGUUGCGCUGUCCAUGUUGAGAUUCUACAAGAGAGAAAUUUCACCAAUUUUGCCCAAGAGCUGUCGCUAUGUUCCUACAUGCAGUGAAUAUUCCAUGGAGGCUUAUAAGAGAUAUGGAGUGGUGAAGGGUACAGUUUUGACUGCGUGGCGUCUCUGUCGAUGCAAUCCCCUUGGUGGGCAUGGUUAUGAUCCACCUAGAUGGUUUGGCGAGCCUAGUCUACCGGAAGAUGUUGACGACUGAUUGAGAUGAAUGGCUGAUUUUAAGAGAAAUUGUAUUGAGAAGGAUUAUAUGUGAUCGGAAUAGAACAGAUGAUGAUCAAAUUGAACAUCUCUGUACACCCAAAGAAAGAACAGUUCUGAAACAAAGAGAGAUCUGCACAUUGAAUAUUUAUACUUUAUGAAGUAUGUUUUUUUAAAUCCAACAUGGGAGUAAUCAUCUACAUAAGGAAUGUCUUAGAUUUGUUAUGUCAGUCAACAUGGGUGUAGAUUAUAUGUUUUAUAUCAGAGGAAUGUCAGUGACAAGUACUUGAGUUAGUUCACUGUCUACUAGUGGUGUCAACAAGAAUUUUACCUAUGAUGUUUAGUUGUUUUGGGUUGGGUAUUCUUUAGAUCUUUCAUAUUAUGUACUAUUCAGAACAGAGGAUUCAAUUACAAGUUAGAAAUUUUGUUGUUUUAA